UCGACUGCCCCAUCCCAUCAGACACUUCAAAUGGCCCUUGUUCUCCCCUGCCCUGCCCUUGCCUUCCAGCUCAUUGUGUAGGAACCGGUGACUUCAUGAAGUUUCUCCGGAGCCACCUGCAUCCUGCGGCUCUGAAGUCACUUCCUGCGGGAGGUGUGGAGGCAGCAGGGAGAAACCAGGAAGCCACUAAUAAUACCAGGAGCCUGGGGGAUGUAUCCGUGCAGGGAUCUGAAUGCUUGGGACACCCCCUGCAACACCACCACCAGCACCGCCCCCCAAGGAAAAUGGACAGGACUUGGGUCCCCUGAGGACAGAAGAGCAUGCAGUUGGCAGAGAGAAGAUUUCCUGUUAGCGAGGACAGAAGCAACAGGAACCGAGUCGCCACUGCAGACACAAGUGCCCGCAGUCCAACAGUCCGUUUCCCCGUCUCUUCCUCGGCCCCGGAGCCCCUCAGAGAUCCGGGCAUCGGGGUUCUAGUGUGCCUGGGCGCUGGGACAGUCAGCGCUGGUGUUCGGGGUGCUCCGCUCCUUCGGCGUCUUCUUCGUGGAGCUGGUGGCGGCGUUUGAAGAGCAGGCAGCGCGGGUCUCCUGGGUCGCCUCCAUAGGGAUCGCCGUGCAGCAGUUCGGCAGUCCCGUGGGCAGUGCCCUGAGCACGAAAUACGGGCCCAGGCCCGUGGUGAUGGCAGGGGGCAUCUUGGCUGCGUCGGGGAUGCUGCUCGCCUCCCUUGCUACCUCCUUGACCCAUCUGUACCUCAGUAUCGGGCUGCUCUCAGGCUCUGGCUGGGCCUUGACCUUCACUCCGACCCUGGCUUGCCUGUCCCGUUACUUCUCUCGACGGCGAUCCCUGGCCACAGGGCUGGCACUGACUGGCGUGGGCCUCUCUUCCUUUGCCUUUGCCCCACUUUUCCAGUGGCUGGUCAGCUGCUAUGCCUGGAGGGGGGCUCUACUGCUGGUGUCUGCCCUGUCCUUGCACCUGGUGGCCUGUGGUGCUCUCCUCCGCCCGCUCUCCCUGAGGGAGGACCCUAUUGUGGGUGGCCCUGCAGCCCAGCUCACCUCCCUGCUGCAUCACGGCCCCUUCCUCCGUUAUACGGCUGCCAUAACCCUCAUCAACACUGGCUACUUCAUUCCCUAUGUGCACCUGCUGGCCCACCUCCAGGACCUGGAUUGGGACCCACUGUCUGCUGCCUUCCUACUCUCAGUGGUGGCUGUCUCUGACCUCGUGGGACGUGUGGUUUCUGGGUGGCUAGGAGAUGCGGUCCCAGGACCCGUGGCACGACUGCUGAUGCUCUGGACUGCCCUGACGGGGGUGUCCCUGGCCCUGUUCCCUGUGGCUCGUGCUCCCACGGCCCUAAUGACUCUGGCUGUGGCCUACGGCUUCACAUCAGGGGCCCUGACCCCGGUGGCCUUCUCCGUGUUGCCUGAACUGGUGGGGACUGGAAGGAUAUACUGUGCCCUGGGACUGGUGCAGAUGGUUGAGAGCAUUGGGGGACUGCUGGGGGCUCCCCUGUCAGGCUACCUCCGGGAUGUGACAGGCGACUACACAGUUUCUUUCAUGGUGGCCGGGGCCUUCCUUCUGGUGGGAAGUGGCAUCCUCAUCACUCUGCCUCACUUCUGCUCCCCGGCCUCUGCCUCUAAGCCUUGGGACCUUGUCACAGAGGCAGUGGACACCGCAGUCUCUCGGACCAGGGAUGGGCUGGGAGAGGACUGAACUGCACAAAGGGGCUGUCAGACCAAGAGGCCAGAGCUCGGCAGCUCCAGAUUCUCCUCCUCUGGCCCAUCCUGGUGCCCACAGAACCACACUGCCUUAAGCAUCUUGAUCGGCUCCCCCACAGGGCAGGCCUGGGGUGGGCGGUGGUCCUGCAUGGUGUGCGCCAACCCCCUAGUAUUUUGCUGAGGACUCUCAUCUCUUCUUUGUUCCUACAACCUUUACGGAAGGAUACAGGAGCUCAGCCUGCUCCCCGGAGCUGUGAAUCAGCUGUGACAACCAAAGGCUAAGAGACUUAAUGUGUUUUACAUGUGA